GUGUUAUUUUCCUUGCUAAUCGUCUGACUGGAAGCGUGUUGGAGACGAGCCAUCAUGGGAAUUAAAGGACUUUCCCAGCUCAUCGCCGAUCUGGCUCCAUUUGCGGUAAAGGAAGGGGAAAUUAAAAACUUCUUUGGAAGAAAGGUCGCUAUAGAUGCGUCCAUGUGUCUGUAUCAGUUUUUGAUUGCGGUAAGAGCCGAAGGAGCUCAGUUGACAUCCGUCGAUGGAGAAACAACUUCGCAUCUGAUGGGGACCUUCUACCGCACAAUUCGCCUAAUGGAGAACGGGAUUAAACCGGUUUAUGUCUUCGACGGUAAGCCUCCAGAUCUUAAGUCAGGAGAAUUGGCUAAACGUGCCGAGAAACGGGAGGAAGCACAAAAGGCGCUGGACAAAGCGACGGAAGCCGGUGUCACCGAGGAUAUCGACAAAUUCAAUCGGCGUUUGGUCAAGGUCACGAAGCAACAUUCGAAUGAAGCCAAGGAGUUAUUGAAGUUGAUGGGAGUGCCAUACGUUGAUGCUCCUUGUGAAGCUGAAGCACAGUGCGCAGCAUUAGUCAAAGGAGGAAAGGCUUAUGCGACCGCUACAGAGGAUAUGGACGCACUGACUUUCGGUUCCAACGUCUUACUUCGUCAUUUGACUUUCAGUGAAGCUCGGAAGAUGCCGGUGCAGGAAUUCAAUUAUGACAAAAUACUUCAAGGGCUUGAAUUGACUCGUGACGAAUUUAUUGAUUUAUGUAUCCUUCUAGGAUGCGAUUAUUGCGACAGUAUCCGAGGAAUUGGUCCCAAGAAGGCAAUCGAAUUGAUCAAUAAGCACCGGUCGAUCGAAAAAAUUCUGGAAAAUCUGGACACCAAGAAAUAUAUCGUGCCCGAAAAUUGGAACUACCAGCAGGCUCGUAGCCUGUUCAAAGAACCGGAAGUUGCCAACGCAGAUGAGCUAGAGCUCAAGUGGGGAGAACCAGAUGAGGAAGGUCUAGUAAAAUACUUGUGCGGCGAUCGACAGUUCAACGAAGAUCGCAUUCGAGCUGGAGCGAAAAAGAUUCUUAAAACCAAAUCGACUGCCACUCAAGGAAGAUUGGACUCAUUCUUCAAGGUGCUCCCAUCGACGCCAAAUCCCAAGAGAAAGGCAGAGGACAAAAAAACUCCGGCUUCGAAGAAGGCAAAGACCACUGGAGGAAAGCCGGGGCGUAAGCCUAAGUAAGAAGAGAUGUUUCUCGUUCUGAUAAGUAACUAUAUUGAACCUCCUUUAUUAUUCAUUACAUUAAGCGUUUGCUUUUACAUCAAUAAACAUAAU